AUGAAUGCUGUGAUAGCAGCAGCAGCAGCGGGGGGAGGAGGGGGGAUCGCCGGGGGAGUGGGUUUGGGGGGGUUGGGCAUCGGAGGGGUGAAGCGGGCAGUGAGGGAGGAGGGGGGGAGGGUGGCGAGGGUGAGAGCAAAGAGGAUGGCUGAUAUGCUGCAGCGAGCAGGCAGCAUCGUGAAACAG